GCCAACCAGGAGCUUCGGCAAAGGCUGCUUCAGCUGCUUCUGUUGGAAACAGGCCUCCCUUGGAAUAACCCUGAGCCCAGAUCUGGGCACAUAAUUCAAGAAGGAUGUUGAUAAGCUGGAAUGGGUCCAGAGAAGGAUGGCCAAAAUGGUGGAAGGUCUGGAAACCAGGCCUUAUGAAGAAUGAAUGGAUAUGUUGAACUUGGAGAAGAUGGAGAGAUGGCCAACUUUAAAUACCUGAAGGGAUGUCAUGGAGAAGAUGGAGCUUGUUUCCUGCAGCUCCAGAGACUAGAACAUGAACCGAUGGAUCCAAUGUACAAGAAAUCCCACCUAAACAUUAAGAAGAACUUUAAAAACUGUUUGAUGGUGGAGGAUGGGCUUUCUUGGAAGGCAAUGGGUUCACUUUCUUUGGUGGUCUUUAAACAGGAUGGCUCUUCCACUGAAUGAAUGGCUUUGGUGUCAUGAAUAUUGGCUGCCACCGGGGAUCACCUGGGAGGACAUGAAGGAGACGGAAGAAAUCCGGUACCCGCAGCCCCGGCACCUCCUCCUCAGCGUUCCCCUCGCCCUCCUCCUGGUCGCCAUCCGGUUCGUCUUCGAAAGGAAUGUUGCUGUGCCCCUGAGCAGGAAGAUGGGGCUGCGGGAGAAGGUGCGGAAGAAAGUCCCUCCCAACCCUGUCCUGGAAGCUUUUUAUGUUGUUCAUAGGAAAGGCCCCAAUAAGGCAGAGACCGAAAGGCUAGCCAAACAGUGUGACCUGCAGCCCAGGCAAGUGGAGCGUUGGUUCCGCUAUCGGCACAACUGGGACCGGCCCAGCUUGACCAAGAAGUUCUGCGAAGCCAGCUGGAGGUUCACUUAUUACGUCACUUCCUUUUGCACAGGAGUGGCGAUCCUCUACAAUAAACCCUGGUUUUGGGACCAUCGUGAGUGCUGGGUUGGCUAUCCGCAACAGCCCCUCCUGCCUUCCAUCUUCGGUUACUACAUGCUCCAGCUCUCCUUCUACUGCUCCUUGGUGGUCACUCUGCCCUUUGACAUCAAGCGGAAGGACUUCCAUGAGCAAAUCGUCCACCACGCUGCCACCAUCUUCCUCAUCAGCUUCUCCUACUGCGCCAACUACAUCCGGAUUGGCACCUUGGUCAUGAUCAUCCACGACGCUCCGGACUGUAUCCUGGAGCCCACAAAAAUAUUCAACUACCUGAAAUGGCGGCGGACUUGUGACGCUCUUUUCCUCACGUUCUCAGCCCUCUUUCUCUUGACCCGCCUGGUGAUCUUCCCCUACAAGGUUAUCUACAACACGUAUUACUACUCUAUGGAGAUUUUCCAGCCUUUUUUCGGCUACUAUUUCAUGAACGCGCUUCUGAUGACCCUCCAGCUGCUCCACAUCUUCUGGUCCUGCCUAAUCGUCCACAUGGUUUACAAGUUCAUGAAGUGUGGCACGAUGGAGAAGGACCUGAGGAGCGACACGGAGGACAGCGAGAAAGGUGAGGACGAGACAGCGCAGCGGCGGGAGAAGGAAGUCAAGAGCAACGGUAGCGUCCACUCCGAGUCCAGCAGCAAUGGGAACUGCGUCUGCAAAGAGAUGCCCCUGCAGCUGAAUGGCAGGACCCUCCCUGCCAAUGGACACGCCAAAACCAGAUAACCUGAGCCAGACCUACUGUCCGCUUCGCCACCCACUCCGAAUUGCUCCUGCCCCCCUUUUCCUCCCGUGGCCCUUUGCUUCUUGUAGGCCUGGGAACAGGCGGUAACUGUAGCCUUCUAGCCGAACCUCUGCCGCCUGCAGGAAUAACGAUAACAAUAAUAUUAAUAUUAAUAAUAACAAUAACACCAGAAAAGACAAAACAGUGACUGCCGCUUCUUUCCAUAAUAUUAUCAUCAGCGCCAUACUUAGAGCCUCGAGGUUUCGACAGGAGCGGGGGUGGGAGGGGACAGGUCGCUUAGGCCCGUACUCGCCCUGGCCUUGCUUUCGGCAGCUGGUCCUGAACCCGGUGUCGUGGCUGGCAAAAGGCACCUCAAGGUGGCACCCAAGAAUUGCUGCUGGGCCAUCAGCAUAUCAGUUUGGGUUUGCUUUUUUAUUUGCCUCCCCGCUGCCCCUCUCCCCUGAAAUGGAUGUAUUUGCAAGGGACCCUGAGUGGCAAAUCUGGAAGAGCAAAGCUUGGACCUGGGAGACAGUGAUGCCCUCCGUUACAGCUGAGUCUCCAUGUUGACCAUGGACAACGGCAAGGAUGAAGCUUAAGGCAAGAUGGGGAACCGGGGAACUGGAGUGGCAUGUCAUGGCGGGCCAAGGACUUUUGGGAUCAGCAGAGAAGGAGUAAAACUGAUCCAGGUGUUGCUGGAGAGGGAAUAGUGUUUGAAGGUCUGCAUGGGGUGUUUUGUGCGGUGUUGGGUUCACUGUAUGGACAGGAGAAGGACAUUUGCAUCUUGUGGGAGGAGAUGGGUGUGCGUUUUUGGUUUUGUAGUAUCUCUGAGGAUGGGAGACCAUGAGCGUUAAGUGGACCAUUGCCCAGGGAAGGGAGCCAUACCACAGUGUCCCCACUUCCCCAGUAAGAGGGGGAAAGUGGGGUUCUGAACUUUAAACCCUACCAAUCCAAUGGUGCUCCAUGUCCUCCUGAGGUAGUUGGAGGGGGAGUGCCGAGCAGGUCCCAUCCUGGCUGCACUUUUUGGUUUCUUUCCUGAGUCACUGGACUCUGUUGGUUGGUGACAUAGAGACCCCUUGCCCGGCUGCUGGAACCAAUAAUAAACUAAUUCCACAACACAAAA